AUGGCGGUGGGAACUCUCAUGCAGCUCCCAUGUGCCGCCCUGGGCCAACCAGCAGUGCCGCCGCUUGCUCGAGUCGGAAUGGGCCAGUGUGCUUCUGGACAUAGCACGGCGCCAGCCUGGGAAAAGCUCCGAACUAAUGCGCUGACAGCUGGGGCCUCGUCUCCUCUCUGGGAGCAGCCAAAGAUCGAGAGAGCCGAUCAGGCAUGCCCUACCUGGACACCAUCGAUGGUCGUCCCCCUCCAUCACGCCCUCCUCGGCCUGCCUGGGUCCGCAAGCCAAACGGCUCGAAGCCGUUUCUCACCGCUCAAAGUCCCUCCCUGCGAGGUCAGCGGCAGCAGAGUUUCCACGAUAGCAACCUGGUGCUGCGAGUGUCAAGGUUCUGGUCAAGCAUCUGGUCAAGCAUCUCUCCACGGCUGGAGGCGAUGUGAGCGACAUCGGGGGGUGGAACUCGUUGGUUGGCUCCUUAUUGUCGCUGGCCUUGAGGAGCCAUAGAGACCAGUUUCUGCGUGUUCAGUUCAAGAGGUUGGCAACCAUCACUGAGUGGCCAGUUGAUGUCUGCUGUAAGACACGAAUCAGGACCAUACUGUUUCAU